AUGCUGUCUUUUCUCGUCGCCGCAUCCCUCGUCGCCAGCGCCGCCGCUCACGCGACGUUCCAGGAGAUUUGGAUCAACGGCGUUGACUACGGCUCGACCUGCGUUCGCUUGCCGCUGUCGAAUUCGCCUGUCACGGAUGUCACCAGCACUGAUAUCGCCUGCAAUGUGGACCCGACACCAUCCAACGGUGUCUGCCCUGUCUCACCUGGCGACUCGAUUACCGUGGAGAUGCACCAGCAGCCCAAUGACCGCUCGUGCGCGAACGAGGCCAUUGGCGGCGCCCACUACGGGCCUAUGCUCGUGUAUAUGGCCAAAGUCGACGACGCAACGACGGCAGUAGGGUCCGACGCUGGUUGGUUCAAGAUUGCGGAGAUGGGCAUGCCGUCGAACAACCCUGACUACUGGGGUACAGAGGUCCUCAACGACAACUGCGGGCACUACACGGUCACGAUUCCGAAGGACAUCGCCCCGGGCAACUACCUUCUCAAGGCUGAGGUCAUCGCGCUCCAUGUCGCAGGCAGCCUCGGCGGUGCACAGUUCUACACAUCGUGCUACCAGCUCCAGGUUGGCGGGUCCGGGACCGCCUCCCCUUCCACCGUCAUGUUCCCCGGCGCAUAUGCCGCCACAGACCCCGGCAUCCUCAUAAACAUCUAUCAGUCCCUGACGGACUACACCAUUCCUGGCCCAACACCCUACGGCACGACCUCGCCCACUGUCGCUCCCACCGCGUGGCCGACCACCGCGACCUGGAACACCGCGCUGCAGCCCUCUACAGUGCCGACCGUCAUGCCCGGCUCCUCGGGCUCCACCACAGCCGUGUCCGGUUCCUCUUCCGCCACCGUCACCACCGGUCCCGCCACCACCGUAUCGCCUACCACGACUUCGGCAUCGACCGUGGCGAGCGGCACGGGCACGCCUGUCGCCCAAUAUGGCCAAUGCGGCGGGGCUGGCUGGACGGGCAGCACCCUAUGCGCGGCCGGGUCGGUGUGUACCGUCGUGAACGCGUAUUAUUACCAGUGCUUGUAA